AUGCCAGCUUUGUCUUGUGCCUCCCUGUUGCGGACUGCAUGCCAGUGGACUGAGCAGCUUACUAUAGUCCUAAGUCCUCGCCGACGAUUUCUAGCCCUGCUUUCGGAUGUUCUUUUAUAUACUGCCGCGUGUUCCACUCCAACAGUACUACAUCCAUUUCACCAACCGAGAUACUCUACAACUCUGGAAUGCAGAAUUCGCAAUUUUGCGGGAAGAAAGAAAUCUAACUACACGAAUAUCUCUAAGUAUGUUUGUACAGAGACUUCAGUCAGGAAGUGCGUGGAAAUAGCGGUGGCAAUUAAUGUGUCUAGAGAGAACCGAACUGCACUCCACCUGCGUAAGAGACCUGCCACUGUUCUCCAAAACACCCGCUGCAUCUGCAGCAAAUCUUUUCACGAUUGGCAGCAUUUUUUUUGA